GAUCAUACCUAACUGUUACUGGAUUUAGACAUCUACGUGUUCAUAUUUGGUGACUGGCGACGUCCAACGGUGUGCACAGUAUCCCCGAAAAUGCAGCAGUAUAACGGAUACCCGUACAACAUGCACACAUUGGGCACGUUGAGCGCCAUGUAUAGUUUGCACCAGCAGUCGCAGAAUCAUUCCGAGUACCACCGUCCCACAUCCGGUCCUGCAUUGACACUCGCCGAGCGGCUAGCAGAUAUUAUACUAGAAGCCCGCUACGGUGGACACCACAGAAAACAACGGCGCAGUCGUACUGCUUUCACCAAUCAACAGCUGGCAGCUUUGGAGAAAACCUUUGCUAAAACACAUUACCCGGAUGUAGUCAUGAGAGAGAGGCUCGCCAUGUGUACAAAUCUCCCAGAAGCACGUGUCCAGGUAUGGUUCAAAAACCGACGUGCAAAAUUCCGAAAACAACAACGCCUGAAAACUAAACAGGAAAAGCCGCAAACGGACGAAAGCGAAAAACAAGAACAGGAUUGUGAAAAAAUGGCUGAUGAGGGCGCUGUUAGUGAGGCGAAUGAACAAACCCUUGGUGGCAUAGAAGACGACGACCAGGAAAAUGAGCAUAGUAUUAUAGGAAAUGAAUUAACCGACGAACAUAAAUCAACGGACACCAUUGAAAUCGUAAGGACUGACGUCACGAAUGAGUCUGAUGACGACAAAGAAGAGGAAGUGACAAAGAAAAUACGUGACCAUUCUCCCAUUAGUGAAAAAUGUGAAGGAGGGGAGAGACGUUCAACAAAAAAUUCGUCGCCAUGGCCAGCAUCAAGUACAGCGCCACCAAUGUUUAUUUCAACUGCGUCUACGCCAUCAACUAGUUCAUUCCAACCACCAGUUCAGACGCCCACGUUAUCGUCGCCGCAUGCGCAGUUCAAUAUUUUACCCUAUUCGCCUCAUCUACCCAUGACGUCAGCUGCACACAUGAAUAUCAAUUCAUUCCUCAGGCACCCAAUGCACGUUACAGGGCCAGUGCAUCUUCUGGACCAUUUUUCGCAUUCACAAGGGAUCCUAUCGCCGACGGCCCUGCAAUCUGGAUGGGGACAAUCAAUGCUACACCCGCUGUCGCCAGGCUCGCUUCCGUUGCCGUACAGUACCCCGUUGCAGAACAGCAGCAUAGAAAGUCUACGCAUGCGUGCUAAGCAGCACGCGGCAUCGAUGAACCAAGGAGAUGUUUAACAAACGUGGUUUAUUCAGACAUUUUAUAAAACUACGGUCUUAUGUCCCACUUUUGAUAUGGCAACAGUAAUGUAGGUACCAGCGGACUUAAUGUUGUGGUAUAUGGACUUAUUAUACCCCACCCUUACGUAAUAUUUCCAGAGUGGGGAAUUAUUUGUUGUCUUGUCUGGAUGUGAAUAAAUGAAACUGCAUCUACACUUUGUACAUACACUGAUAUACUCGUACUUAUUUCUGGUAUUUGUUCACGGCAUGUAGUCGUGGUUCACUCUGUGUUCGAACUGUCGUAGUAAAGAUAUCGAUUUUUAGUUGUCACUGUAUUUGUCAUACGUGUAAGUACUUUUCAUAUAUAUAUAUAUAUAUAUCAAAUAAAUUCGAAUACUGUCUGCAA